AUGCCUCUUGUAGGAAGAUACUUGGUCACUUCCAUUUUGACACUACUUCUUCUUUGGGGUGGAGAGAAGAUUAAGGCUCACAGGGCAGGUUGUAAGAACGUUCACUAUGAUCUCGUCUUCCUCCUGGACACUUCCUCCAGCGUGGGGAAAGAAGACUUUGAGAAGGUCCGCCAGUGGAUAGCUAACCUGGUGGACACUUUUGAGAUUGGACCAGACAAAACCCGUGUGGGGGUCGUCCGUUAUAGUGAUCAGCCAACUACUGAGUUUGACCUUGGGACCUAUCAAACUCAGCAAGAGAUAAAAGAAGCUGCAAAGGGCAUCAAAUACUACGGGGGGAACACUAACACAGGGGAUGCCCUACGGUACCUCAACAGUUACAGCUUUUCUGCACAGGCUGGUGGGAGGCCAAAUGAUAACACCAUCAAGAAAGUAGCGAUCCUUUUGACUGACGGCAGGAGCCAGGAUUACGUCUUGAGUCCUGCCUCAGCAGCACAUAAGGCAGGCAUCAGGAUUUUUGCUGUGGGUGUUGGUGAUGCCCUUAAAGAAGAAUUGGAUGAAAUUGCUUCUGAGCCGAAAUCUGCCCAUGUCUUCCAUGUCUCUGAUUACAGUGCUAUUGAUAAGAUACGUGGGAAGCUGAGAAGAAGGCUUUGUGAGAAUGUCCUGUGUCCGAAUGUCCGCGUAGAAGGAGACAGGUUCAGACACAGCAAUGGAGAAACAGAUGACAUACCAGGGUUUGACUUGAUGGAAUUAUUUAGCGUACGAGAGAUAUUCAGAAUGAAAGACAAUGGAAUCCUCAGCUCAUAUGUUCGACUUGGAAGCUUUCCCAUUGUGCAGCGAACACAAGAUGUCUUCCCACAAGGACUUCCAGAUGAAUAUGCCUUUGUCACCACUUUCAAGUUCCGCAAGUCAUCCAGGCGAGAAGAUUGGUAUAUCUGGCAGAUCAUUGACAAAUAUGGCAUACCACAGGUUUCUAUCCGAUUAGAUGGGGAGAACAAGGCCCUGGAGUACAAUGCAGUUGGACUCACCAGAGAUGCUGUGAGAGUGGUUUUUAGAAAUGGACGCGUCAAUGAGCUUUUCGAUCGUAACUGGCAUAAGAUUGCACUGAGCAUCCAGUCCCAGACGGUUUCCUUAUACAUUGAUUGCAAACUGAUCCAGACAUUACCUAUUGAAGACAGAGAAAAUAUUGACAUUCAAGGCAAAACGGUGAUCGGUAAACGCCUUUAUGACAGUGUGCCAAUUGAUUUUGACCUUCAGCGGAUGGUUAUUUAUUGUGAUUCACGGCAUGCUGAGCUUGAAACUUGCUGUGAUAUUCCUUCUGGACCUUGUCAAGUGACAGUUGUUACAGAUGUUCCUCCUCCUGCAAUUCCACCAACCCUUACAAAUGAGCAGGUUGGGUAUAUCAAGACAGUCAACUGCUCCUGUCCUCCAGGAGAAAAGGGGGACAGAGGCCUCCCUGGAUUUGAAGGAUUGAGGGGACCGAAGGGAGAUAUUGGACCAAUUGGAUUUCCUGGCCCAAAAGGAGACAAAGGAGAACCAGGUGGGGAAGCGUUUGGCCGAGCAGAAAAAGGAGAAAAGGGUUCCCUUGGUGCACCUGGCAUCCCAGGGAGGGAUGGUGCCAAAGGAGAAAUGGGAGAACCUGGUCUCCCUGGAGCACCUGGUCUUCCUGGACCAUCUGGCCCAAAGGGAGAAGAAGGGCAUCCUGGUCCCCCAGGUCGUCAAGGUUACGUUGGAGCACCUGGCUUGCAAGGGGAAAGAGGAGAAAAAGGACCCCGUGGAGACAAGGGAGAACCUGGCCUUGACGGUUUUCCUGGGAAACCUGGCCUGGACGGGAAACAGGGCACCAAAGGAAGUCAAGGUCAACCUGGAGUCAUAGGACCACGAGGAGAGAAGGAGUCUACUGGUGAAAUCGGGCCUCCUGGGAAACCAGGCUCAGCAGUGCAGAUUGAAGGCUUGAAAGGGGAGCACGGAGCUCCUGGCCCACGGGGACCAAUGGGGCCUCCUGGGACUCCGGGUAGCCCAGGACCACCUGGACUAGAAGGCAAGAUGGGCCCUCCUGGUCUACAAGGUCUACGGGGCAAGAAAGGAGAGCUUGGUCUCCCAGGAAUUGAUGGCUUAUCUGGACCUCCAGGUCCCCCAGGGCCACCUGGAAUUGAUGGUUCUCCUGGGCUUGCUGGAUCUCCAGGUCAACCUGGAGAAGUUGGCAGAAAUGGUGAACGUGGGCCACCGGGUUUACCAGGAAAAUCUGGUCAAGAUGGUUUACCUGGUCUUCCUGGCUCAAAAGGAGAACAAGGAGAAAGGGGAGAAGAUGGUAAACCUGGCUCCAAGGGUGAAUCAGGCCCCCCUGGGCCCCCUGGCAUAGUGGGUGAGAGGGGUGAAGCUGGUCUUCCAGGCUCACCUGGUUUGCCCGGUCUAAGAGGAGAAAAAGGAAAUCAGGGUGAGAAAGGAAGAGCUGGGCUCACUGGCUUCAAAGGUGAGAGAGGAGACAAGGGUGAAAUUGGUCUUCCUGGUCCCCCAGGUUUACCUGGAAAAGCUGCCCUAUUUACACCACGGCCUAGUAUUCCUGGAGAACAAGGGCCAAAAGGUGAAAAAGGUGAUCAUGGAGAAAGAGGUGAACCCGGAGAACGGGGUGUUCCAGGAAAACUGGGUCCAAUUGGACCUGCUGGGCAACAGGGUCUGAAAGGGCAAGAAGGAGCAGUAGGUCAACCUGGACCUCCAGGAGAAAUUGGUACCCCUGGUCCUGCAGGACCACCUGGCCCACGCGGUUUGCCUGGAAAUGUGGGUAUACCAGGAGGCCCUGGUCAGCCAGGAAGUGAUGGACAGAAAGGAGAAAAGGGAGAACCUGGCAAGGAAGGGCAACCAGGUCCACCUGGGCGAACAGGUGAACCAGGAGCUGUUGGAGAACCUGGAUUACCUGGAAAGGGUCAAGUUGGAGAAAGGGGUGAAAGAGGUCCACCAGGUUUACCUGGACCCUUUGGGCAUAAGGGAGAUCGAGGUGCCCCAGGUAUUCCAGGCCAACCAGGAGACAGAGGAGCCCCAGGCAUUGGACUUUCAGGACCACCAGGACCUGUGGGACCUCCAGGAGACAAAGGGCCACCGGGUUCCCGAGGUUUACCAGGCAUCCAAGGCCCCCCUGGACAGAGUGGUCAGGAUGGCUUACCAGGAAAUCCAGGGGAAAGAGGACCACCAGGAAAACCAGGUUCCUCUCCUCUCCUCUCUCCUGAUGAUAUCAGUCUCUUAGUUAAGGAUGUUUGCAGUGAUUGUCCCCCUGGACCAUCUGGUCUCCCUGGAAUGCCAGGACAGAAGGGUGAUAAAGGCCCCCAAGGCCCACCUGGGAGUGAUGGCCCAGUUGGAAAGAGGGGAGAACCUGGACUCAGAGGUCCCCCUGGGCCUCCAGGAGUGGAAGGUCCCAAGGGUCCUAAAGGAGACCAUGGGGCAUCUGGUGAGGCGGGACUGAAGGGUGAACAGGGUCAUCCUGGAAUACCUGGCUUCAUGGGUCCCCCUGGGAGUCCAGGCCCAGCUGGGCCAGAGGGCUCCCCAGGACCUGCAGGACCUCCAGGAAAUCCAGGAGAAAUGGGGAAAGGAGGUCCUCCAGGGCCUCAGGGACCCCCAGGAUUACCUGGACUUAUGGGUAUGGCUGGAAAGGACGGCAAAGAUGGCAAGCCAGGAUCACCUGGGGAACCAGGUAAGCUGGGAGAACCUGGGUUACAAGGCCAAGAGGGUGCUAGAGGAGUGCCGGGUUUUAAGGGUCCAAGAGGAGAUACAGGAACUCCUGGCAUGAGAGGAGAACCAGGUCAACCUGGAACUCCAGGCCGGGAGGGACAAUCAGGAAAAGAUGGAGAUCCAGGGCCUGCAGGACCACAGGGCCCUCGAGGACUCCGAGGAGUAGCAGGCAAGACAGGACCUCCAGGUGCCCCAGGAGAAACUGGUCCUGCAGGUAACCCAGGCUCCAAGGGAAGCAAAGGUGAAACUGGUAGCCCAGGAGUCCCUGGUUUCAUUGGGCCACGAGGUCCUCCUGGCGAACCAGGUGAAAAGGGGGUCCCAGGGAAAGAGGGCACCCCAGGAAAACCAGGAGAAUUUGGAGGAAAAGGUGACAGGGGAGACCCUGGAACCAAAGGUGAAAGAGGGCCAGCAGGGGAGAAGGGAGCAUCAGGUGAUCCAGGAGUUCCUGGUCGCAAAGGACACACAGGAUUAAUGGGCUCCCCAGGACCAUCAGGAGAGUCAGGACAAGUUGGGCCUCCUGGCCCUCCAGGACAACCUGGAUUUCCUGGACCUAGAGGGGAUCCUCCAUCAAUAGAAACAUUGCGAAGACUUAUUCAAGAAGAGUUAGGAAAACAACUUGAUGCCAGACUGCCCUACCUCAUAAGUCAGUUGCAGCCUUCCCAUGUCAAAGCACCUCAAGGUAGACCAGGGCCUCCUGGAUCACCUGGAAAGGAAGGCCCCCCAGGUAGAGUUGGCCCUCCAGGAGAACCUGGCCAACCUGGACAACCAGGUUCAGAAGGACCAUUGGGACCGAUGGGACCAAAAGGUGGCAGAGGAGAGAAAGGAGAGAAAGGAGACCUUGGCAUUGGUCAGCGGGGUGAAAUUGGUCCUCCAGGAGUAGCAGGUGUUCCAGGUGAACCUGGCUAUGGUAAAGAUGGGAUUCCUGGAGCUCAAGGUCCUCAAGGUGAAGCUGGGGCUCCUGGCCUUAUGGGCCCUCCAGGGCCUCCAGGGGCCAAUGGACAAUGUGACCCCUCCCAAUGUGCUUAUUAUGCAAGCCUGGCUGCUCGGCCCAGCAACGUCAAAGGUCCCUAAAAAGGUAGCCUCCAUCACUGCCUGUGGACCUCUCAUGGACCUACUUUGGAAAACUCAGAUGAAGCAAGGGAGUUGGGAGAUCCAGAUCCAGAUCUUUGCUUCUGUUCUUUGACAAG